AUGAAUGACUCCAGCAAGUUGAACUAAGAUUUAACAGAGAUUUUCUCUCAAUUUAAAGUUGUCGAUGAACACAUAUACUCUUAAAUAAUUGUAAUACUGAGGAGAGGGAAAAUUUCAGAUUAUCUAAAAUUUCUUUCUAAUAAUGGCAGUCAAAUAAAUCUUGAAUAAUAGAUUUUUAAAGCCAACAUUUAACCUUUUGAUAAGUGGUGGAAGUUAAAUUUUCUAACAAAUAACUUUAACAAAAUUGCCAAUAUUCUUAAAUAAAUAAAAGAUCAUAGCUUUAACAAAUAAAACUAUUCUGAUGAUGGAUAUUUCUAACAGAGACAGGAUCUAAUUAAAUAAAUAAGAGAUUAAAAGGAGAUAAUUGGAUUUAUGAAAUUCUUAGUUCACCUUACAGCCUAAUAUGAUAAUUUAAUUCAAUGCGGAUCAAACUCAUUAUAUUUAUUAAUUUAGAUAAAGGUGGACCUUAGAAAUUAAAAUUUUGAAAACAUCAGAAUUUAGAAUACUUCUUUAAUGGGAGCUAAUUUUGUUCGAUCCAACUUAAGUGGAUCGUAAUUUGAUAAUGUAGACAUAAGCGGUAUGAAUUUGAAUGGAGCUGUAUUAAUUAAUUGUAAAUGGACCAACUUAAAAAUACAUGAGCUUAAUAAAUUGGCCGGUCAUACUAGUACUGUCUAAUCAGUAUGCUUUUCUCCUGAUUGUACAACAUUAGCCUCUAGUAGUGGAGAUCAUGUUCCUGGUGGAGAUUGUUCUAUCCGUUUAUGGGAUGUUAAGACAGGAUAAUAAAAGGCCAAGUUUGAUGGUCAUAGUAAUAGUACUUGGUCAGUAUGUUUUUCUCCUGAUGGUAUUACAUUAGCAUCAGGAAGUGAUGAUAAUUUUAUCCGUUUAUGGACUAUUAAGACGAGAAAAUAGACAUUAAAUUAAUUGGUCAUAGUGAAUCUGUCCAAUCAGUUUGCUUUUCUCCUGAUAGUAAAACAUUAGCAUCUGGAAGCGUUGAUAAAUCUAUUCGCUUAUGGGGUGUUAAGACAGGGAGAUAGAAAUCUAAAUAAGAGGGUCAUAGUUAAAGUGUUUGGUCAGUCUGCUUUUCUCCUGAUGGUACUUCAUUAGCAUCUGGUAGUAAUGAUAUGUCUAUUCAUAUAUGGGAUCUGAAAACAGGACAGUAAACAACAAAAUUGAGUGGUCAUUAUAAUUCUGUUUAUUCAGUAUGCUUUUCUCCUGAUGGAACUAAAUUAGCCUCUUGUAGUGGAGAUUCUACAAUCUUUUUAUGGGAAAUCUAGAAAAAAAUAAAAAUGGCUGAAUAGAGUCCAAGUUAUAAAUGGGUAACAUCAGUAUGUUUCUCUCCUGAUGGAACGAAAUUAGCAUCUGGUGGUGGAGAUAAAUCUAUCCAUUUAUGGGAUGUUAAGAAAAGGCAAUAAAAAUUCAAAUUGGAUGGUCAUAAUAAAUAUGCCCAAUCAGUUUGUUUCUCUCCUGAUGGAACUGCAAUAGCAUCUGGCGGUUAUGAUAAAUCAAUCCAUUUAUGGGAUGUUAAGGCAUGGCAAUAAAAAUUCAAUUUGGAUGGCCAUACUAGUUAGGUUUAAUCACUAUGCUUCUCUCCCGACAGUAAUACAUUAGCAUCUUGUAGUGGAGAUUUUGCAAAUGAUGGAGAUUGUAGUAUCGUUUAUGGGAUGUUAAAACAGGACAAUAAAAAUUAAAAUUGGAUGAUCAUACUAGGGACGUCAAUUAAGUAUGCUUCUCUCCUGAUGGAACUACAUUAGUAUCUUGUAGUAUAGAUCGCUCUAUUCGUUUAUGGGAUGUUAAGACUGGAUAAUAGAAGGCCAGAUUGGAUGGUCAUUCUAAUGAUGUUCUAUCAAUAUGCUUCUCUCCAGAUGGAAAUACUUUAGCAUCUGGCAGUUGUUAUAGCUAUAUUCUAUUAUUGGAUGUAAAAAAUGGAAAAUAAAAAUCCAAAUUGGAUGGUUAUAGAGAUUAUGUCAGAUCACUAUGUUUCUCUCCUGAUGGAACUAUAUUAGCAAUUGGUAGUAGUACUAAUUUAUAUUUUGAUUAUUCUCUUCAUUUAUGGGAUGUUAAAGCAGAACAAUACAAAUUUAAAUUAUUUGGCCAUACUCAUUAAGUUUCUUCAUUAAACUUCUCUCCUGAUGGUACUUUACUAGCAUCUUGUAGUUGCGAUAAAACUAUCCGUUUAUGGGAUGUUAAAACAGGAUAAUAAAAAGCCAAAUUGGAUGGUCAUACUAGCACUGUCUGUUCAGUCUGUUUCUCUCCUGAUGGAAAUACAUUAGCAUCUGGUGGAAGUGAUAACUAAAUCCGUUUAUGGGAUGUUAAAACAGGAUAAUUAAAAUCCAAAUUGGACAGUCAUUCCCAUAGUGUUUCAUCAGUUUGUUUCUCUCCUGACGGCACUAUGUUAGCAUCUGGUAGUUAUGAUAAAAAAAUCCGUAUUUGGAAUUAUAAUGGAGGUAAUGAAAUUCUAUCUUCAGAUAGCAGUUUUAAAGACAUUAUUGCAUAAUUUAAAGCACCUCCAUUUUUAAGGACUUCAUCUUCAGAUUUUGGUAUUUAAAUUUAAUUAAAUUUAGUUUUCCCUAUUGUUACUUCUCUUCUUCUGUCCCCAUACUUAUAGUUUUAAGCAUAAUCAGCUUUAAUCUUUGAUGGAGAAUUUAAAAAUCAUUAAGGCAAAAAUUUACUAUAUUUGUUUAAAUAAAGAGGAAGUCAUUUUUUAGAAAGAAAAAAAGAUAUUACAUAAAAUGCAAUUAGAAAUUGA